CUUACAAAUGGACUUACUGAGGAUUGUAAAUAUCAACAGCAUCUUGAUAAUAGAUUUGAUAAAUAUUUAUCGAAAUUGGAUGAUAAUUUUAACAAAUAUCAGCAGCAUUUGGUAGAAUCGGACAAUAAUCUUAAUGAAUAUCAGCAGCAUUUACUAGAAGUUAGUAAUACUUUUAAGGAUUGUGAUGCUGUUAAGCAUGCAAUUAAGCAAUUUGCUAAACAGCAUAACUUUGUCAAAUCAAUUAAUGAAGUUCUUAAAAAACAUGUAGAUCAUGAUACUUUAUUAAAAGAAUUAGUAAAAGCAGUUGAAGAUGAAUUAGAAAAAGAACUACAGUAUACUAGAAUCAAAGAUUAUUAUAGUUUAAACCUAUCAGUUGGGCUUUUAUUAGUUUAUGAGACUAUUGAUGAUGUAUUGAAAAAUAAUUUGGCUUCUAUUCCUUUGUCUUUCCAACAAGCACAGAUGAAUCAAGCAUUACUUUAUCAAGAAACAUUAAUUUCUAUUAAUUAA